AUGAACUCCAAAUCCUACUGGGACCAAAAAUCCAUGGAUUCCUCUUGCUUUCAACCAAAAUGCUCCAGCUUCUUCCUGUUAUUCACAAUACUGAUUUCUCUGCUGCCCAGAUCUUCUUGCCUACAGUUACCGAAAAAGGGUUUCCCCCCGCUUUGUAUUACAAAGCAAUCUUGCCUACAGUUCACAAACCAAUCUGGUGAUGAACACCAAAUCCUCCUGGGACUCGAGAGAUAUUGGGGGAGCUCACCUGUGCUUGGAAGAUGGAGCCUCACUUCUUCUAACCACUGUAAAUGGGGAGGAAUUACAUGCACAGAUGGUUUGGUCACUGCCAUUUCCCUUCCACAGCAAACCUUUAGGAAACCAAUCCCACCGUCCCUUUGCCUCCUCAAGAAUCUUACCAACUUGGACCUCUCCUACAAUAACUUCUCCACUUCAUUCCCUACCAUACUCUACAAUUGCUCCAAUCUGAAGUACCUAGACCUUUCCAACAAUGUCUUUGGUGGGAAACUCGCAGCUGACAUAAACUGUUUAUCAGCAAAGCUCGAGCAUCUCAACUUAUCAAGCAAUCGUAUCAUGGGGGAAAUUCCACCAUCGAUUGGAUGGUUUCCAAAGCUCAAGUCACUGCUCCUCGACACGAAUCAGUUUGACGGAAGUUAUCCAGCAAAGGACAUCAGCAAUCUAGCCAACCUCGAGGUGCUGACACUAGCGGGAAAUCCAUUUCUGCCAGCUCCAUUUCCAGUUGAGUUUGGCAAGUUGACACGCCUCACAUACUUGUGGCUGUCAGGUAUGAACAUGACAGGUGAGAUCCCUGAGCUCAGUCUCUUGAGUGUAUCAAAUAAUAUGCUGCAAGGCACAAUUCCUACAUGGGUAUGGCAGCAUAAGAAGCUUCGGCGCUUGUACAUGUAUACCAACCAUUUCACAGGCGAGAUUUCAUCCUGUGUCAGCGCCGUAAACUUGGUGGAGCUUGAUGUAUCCUCAAACAAUCUAACAGGGACAAUACCAGAUGACUUUGGUAGGCUCAUCAACCUUACCUUGUUGUUUCUCUACACAAAUCAACUUCAUGGGUCAAUAUCGCCAAGCAUCGGGUUGCUGCCGAAUCUCAGAGACAUCCGGCUAUUUGAGAACAUGUUAUCUGGUUCCCUUCCACCAGAGCUUGGUAAGCACUCACCACUAGGUAAUCUUGAGGUCUGCAACAAUAACCUCUCGGGCGAGUUGCCAGCUGAUCUUUGCUCCAACAGGAAGUUAUAUGACAUCGUUGUGUUCAAUAAUAACUUUUCUGGAAAGCUUCCACAAUCGUUAGACGACUGCUACCGGUUGAACAAUUUAAUGCUGUACAACAAUCAUUUUACUGGAGAGUUCCCCAAGAGCCUCUGGUCAGUGGUGACAAAUGAGCUAACGGUGGUUAUGAUCCAAAAUAACAAUUUCUCUGGCACAUUUCCUACCCAGCUACCAUGGAACUUCACGCGCCUUGACAUAAGUAACAAUAGAUUCUCUGGUCCCAUUCCAACUUUAGCAGGCAAAAUGAAAGUAUUCAGGGCAGCAAACAACUCUCUUUGUGGCGAAAUUCCCUGGGAUUUGAUGGGUAUUUCACAGGUAGGUGAACUUGACCUUUCUGGAAAUCAAAUUAAUGGAUCAAUACCCAUGACAAUUGGAGUGCUAAAGCUCAACGCACUUAAUCUAAGUGGAAAUCAGAUAUCUGGUACUAUACCUGCAGCGUUUGGAUUUAUGUCAGGGUUAACCAUCCUUGACCUCUCCUCAAAUGAGCUAUCUGGCGAGAUCCCAAGAGCGAUCAAUAAGUUGAAACUGAACUUUCUAAACCUCUCCAUGAAUCAACUCACGGGGGAAAUACCAACAUCAUUGCAAAACGAAGCAUAUGAGCGAAGCUUCCUCUUCAAUCCAGGCCUCUGUGUCUCAUCGAAUAAUUCCAUCCCUAAUUUCCCAAUUUGCAGUGCAAGAGCAAACAACAACAAUGAUACCUCCAGGAGGCUUAUAGCCCUCUUUUUUGUUCUUGCCAGUAUCAUGCUUGUGGGUUUGAUAGUUGGUGGUUUCUUGCUACUAAAGAGGCAAAAGAAUACCCAAGAUCCUCUAUCAUGGAAGCUGACCCAGUUUCAUGCACUGCAUUUCACAGAAUAUGAUGUUCUUUCUGGGCUCUGUGAGCAGAACUGGAUUGGAAGUGGCAGGUCUGGCAAGGUGUGCCGAAUUUGUGUUGUGGAUGGAGAAGGUGGUAGUAGAAUGGUGGCUGUUAAAAAGAUAUGGAACGCCCAGAACCUUGGUAACAAGCUCGAGAAGGACUUCCUUGCAGAGGUCCAGAUAUUGGGUGAGAUCUGGCACACAAACAUUGUCAAGCUGCUCUGCUGCAUCUCAAGCUCAGAGGCAAAGCUUCUUGUCUAUGAGUACAUGGAAAAUGGUAGCUUAGACAGGUGGCUGCAUCAGAGGGAUAGAGUUGGUUCACUGGCACCUUUGGAUUGGCCCACCAGAUUGCAAAUUGCCAUCGACUCAGCAAGAGGUCUCUGCUAUAUGCACCAUGAUAGUUCACCCGCCAUAGUGCACUGUGAUGUCAAGUCUGCCAAUAUCCUUCUGGACCCCGAGUUCAGAGCAAAGAUAGCUGACUUCGGCCUUCCUCGGAUUCUUCUCAAAACCGGAGAUCCUGAGUCAAUUUCUGGCAUAGGUGGUACCUUUGGCUACAUGGCACCAGAGUACGGAUACCGGCUUAAGGUGAAUGGGAAGGUCGAUGUCUACAGCUUCGGAGUGGUCCUGUUGGAGCUCACAACGGGGAGGGUGGCAAAUGAUGGAGGCUUGGAGUACUGCUUGGCAGAAUGGGCAUGGAGACAGUAUCAAGAGUAUGGCCUGUCAAUUGAUCUUCUUGAUGAAGACAUUCGAGAUCCAGCCAACAUUGAAGAUGCAUUCGCAGUGUUUACGCUAGGUGUGAUCUGUACAGGUGGGCAGCCUUCAGUGCGGCCAUCAAUGAAGGAUGUGCUGUACGCUCUUCUCCGGUUUGAACAUAAAUCCAGGGAAAGAAGCCCGCAGCAUGUUGUCUCUGAAGAAACGUCACUUCUAGAAUCCUAGACUAACUGAAGCCGUAGAGGAAUAACGAUGUUCCAGUUGAUGGAGUAUUAUCUAUAGAAUUUCCGGGUGCAAAUGAUGUGUGAUUUUCAGUUUCAUCCUCUUUCACAUGCUAGUUUACCUUAUCCUUUUUGUGUCGACAUAAAGCUUGUGAAGUGUAUAAGUAUUGCAGCCACAAACUGCUGAAAGACGAAUUCCGGGCUAAAUGCUGAAAAUGCAUGCAGUUAUUAUUCUAUAUGCAGACCAAAUAUUAGCUGAAAAUGUACAUAAAUGAUAUGGAUGUUGGACUACAAAAUUACUUGUUUUUUUGGCCUGCGUGUGUGUGUGUGGCGCAUUUAGCUCUUUAGAAGGCUGGUACUGACCAAAGUGGGUGGGAAAUUAGCAUAUUAUCGUGAGAAGAAUAGAUAGGUUAUGCUCUGAUGUGCUAAAGGAACACUUGGCAUUUACAGGGUAAUGUUUAGCCACGACGCUUGCUUACGCAGAACUACUGGUAAAAAACACAACAAAACAUCUGAACUUCUGGCUGCCUCUUGAAAAAAAUAUCAAAAUUCACAAGGUAAACAUAAAUUGCAACUCUUUCUUCAAGAGAGAAACAUAACUGGAACAAGAGCAUGUAUGGAAGAGUCUAGAAUAGAGUAGAAGUGUGUGAAUGUAAUGUAAAUCUGUUUCAAAAAAAACA